AUGCACGCACAUAGAAACACUUGCUCAGCAGAAUGAGGAAGGGAAGGAAUCUUUUAUAGAAAAAAUAUUGAAACUGGAGUAGAUGAGUGUUACUGAUUUGAAUGCAAAGAUAGAUUUCUUAGCGAAGAAGAUCUCAUAGAGUACCCCACUUAUCACGAAUUUAAGGUACUGUUCCGAAGAUGAGCGUACCGUAUUAAAGGGAUGCUUGUUUGGUCAGAGAAACACUAUCCAAAGAAAAAGUUCUUAGAAGUUCAGAUGGCUCAUAAGAUGUAUAACGAAAGACUGAAGAGCAUCAACCAAGACUUACACGAUGCUUAUAUCAACAAGGAAUGGAGGGUGAUGCCUCAUUGUCACCAACAAGCUCUUUCUGUUCUUGAGCUGAUCCGUACUGAUGAUCUUUGGUUUGAGUACCUGGACAAUAGAGAAGAUUUAGAGAUCAACAAAUUAAUCAAAGAAAGAAAAUUUUCAAACGAUUUGGAGCUAGAUGAGACUUUGUGACACUGUGACAGUGCUGAAGAACUUGAAAAAGUAAUGCUUGAAAUGUAUGAAAUGAAGCAAAAGAUGGCUCUUUUAGAAGAAGAGAAAAAGAAGAUACAAGAAGAGUUGAAGCCAUUGGAUCCUAAGCCAAAGCCGCAGAGAGCAAGAAGAAUGACUCUGACACCCACCAUAAAUAAUGAAGACAACAAACUUUCAAGUCCGCUCAUGAAUCUAGCUCCACCUCCAAAGAAAGAGCCAGAGCCUGACAAAAAGGAAAGUAUGUGGGCAAUAAUGGAAGACGAUGAAGAGAUGGCCUGAUGUGCUCUGACAUAUUGUGAGGUUAACAAAAUUUGGAGAAAAUUUUUCAGAAACUCAAGCAUUAAAGAUAACAAAUACCAACUUGAACUAAAAAUGGAUACAAAUAAUGCAAGGAGGUUUGUAAAUGCUUGUUGUGAAAAUCCAAUGCCUGAUGGUGAGAAGAUAGCUUUAUUAAAUGUUCCUGAAGAAAGCGAAGCAGUUCAGAACUUUUUGGAGUUUGCAGCACCACCAUGUUUACAAUCUUUUGAAUUUAAUGCAUCGACUCAAGAAGUACCAAAGCUUAUGAACAUUGAAUAUUACUCCCAACCCUUAGAAGUAGCCUUACUGAAUGUUACCAAGAGUAUUAAAUUAUUUAACUUUGAGAUCAGUGACAAACAGAUAACGCCUUUGCUAGCAGCUUGCAAAGAUACCUUCUUUGUUGAAUUUUGUCAAUGAUUUUUAAAGAUGAUUAAUGAGCCAAACCUAAAAUGCAUUGAGAACCCUUGUAUUAAAGAACUUAGUUUUAAUGGCUGCGGGAGUGAAAGAUUAGGACUCUGGACUAUUAACUUCAAGAAAUUUGAAAAUAUUAUUUCAGGGCUAUCAAAAAUAACAAAUAUGACCAGAAAUCUUGACAGUAUUUAUAUGAAAGACUGCGGACUUACUCAAUCUAGAAUCAGAGGUGCUCUCUCAGCUUAUGGUUUCGAAAAUACUAAAAUUUUGGAAGUUGAAGAAAGCCCCGAAAAUUAAGGAAUGGAUGU